UGACGCAGCCCAUCAUGGCGGUGGGAGCGCGGCUGCACUGGCCCGCGGCUCCGCAGAGCUGCUGCCGUUGCUUCUGUUGAGAGGCGGCGGUGGCGGCGCAGGCGGGCGGGCGGGAAGGAUGGUGUUUCUGUGGUUGGAGCGGUGGGUGCGGACCAGGAUCUGGGCUGAGGUUUGGCCGAAACGACGUGUGCUCAGGAGCAGCCGGCGCGGGUGCCGCUGAGGCAGCGGAGGGAGGCAGGACCGACUGACGGACGGACGGACGGAAGGCAACCCGAGAGCCAGUCUCCGGGGCCGCGCCGUGGGCGAGAUGCCGGGGCCCCCGCCGUUGCUGCUGCUGCUCCUGGCCGCCGGCAGUGCCGGGGCCGCGCCACUUCCGCAAACAGGUGCAGGGGAGGCACCUGCUGCUGAAAUUUCCUCAUCUUUUGUGAUCCUGUCUGUGUGCAGUUUAAUGAUAUUAAUAGUGUUAAUUGCAAACUGUGUAUCCUGCUGUAAGGACCCAGAGAUAGACUUUAAGGAAUUUGAAGAUAAUUUUGAUGAUGAGAUUGACUUCACACCACCAGCAGAAGAUACUCCCUCUGUUCAGUCCCCAGCAGAAGUUUUCACACUUUCAGUACCAAAUAUUUCACUACCAGCUCCAUCACAAUUCCAGCCUUCUGUAGAAGGUUUGAAGUCUCAAGUUGCCCGCCACAGUCUAAACUAUAUACAGGAAAUUGGAAAUGGCUGGUUUGGAAAGGUGCUCCUUGGAGAGAUCUACACGGGCACUAGUGUAGUGAGAGUAAUAGUGAAGGAGUUAAAAGCAAGUGCGAGCCCAAAGGAACACGAUACUUUUUUGAAAAAUGGAGAACCAUACUAUAUUCUUCAACAUCCAAAUAUUCUUCAGUGUGUUGGACAGUGUGUAGAAGCAAUCCCCUAUCUUCUGGUGUUUGAGUUCUGUGACUUGGGCGAUCUGAAGGCUUACCUGCGCGGCGGCGAGCCCGAGCCGGCGCGGGGGGACGCGCAGACCGCGCUGCUGCAGAGGCUGGCGUGCGAGAUCGCGGCGGGGCUGGCGGCCAUGCACAAGCGGCACUUCCUGCACAGUGAUUUAGCCCUGCGGAAUUGUUUUCUUACCUCGGACUUAAAUGUGAAAGUGGGAGAUUAUGGAAUAGGAUUCAGCAGGUACAAGGAGGAUUAUAUUGAAACAGAUGAUAAAAAAUUUUUCCCUCUGCGAUGGACUGCUCCAGAAUUAGUAACCAGCUUUCAAGACAGACUACUAACUGCAGAUCAAACUAAGUAUAGUAAUAUCUGGUCCCUGGGUGUGACACUUUGGGAGCUUUUUGAGAAUGCCGCUCAGCCUUAUUCCAACCUUUCCAACGUAGAGGUUCUCAACCAGGUCAUUCGAGAGAGAGACACAAAACUCCCAAAGCCACAGCUGGGGCAGCCUUACUCCGACAGAUGGUAUGAAGUCUUACAGCUCUGCUGGCUGUCACCAGACAAGAGGCCAGCGGCCGAGGACGUGCACCGGCUGCUCACCUACCUGCGGAUGCAAAGCCAGAGGGACCCGGAAGUCGACUUUGAGCAGCAGUGGAACGCACUCAAGCCAAACACCAACAGCAGAGAUGCUGCAAGUGACGCCGCCUUCCCCAUCCUCGACCACUUCGCCAGGGACCGGCUCGGUCGUGAGAUGGAGGAGGUCCUCACCGUGACCGAGACCAGCCAGGGCCUGAGCUUCGAGUACGUCUGGGAGGCGGCCAAGCACGACCACUUCGAGGAGCGCGGCCGGGGCCCCCCGGACGAAGCCGUGUCCUACACCGGCAUCAUCUUUGCCACCGAAGCGUUUGAGAGUCCGCUCUCAGAUCCCGGGCCCGGGAAGCAAGAUGACAGUGUCCAGGAUGUCCCCGUGCGGGCCCCCGGGGUAGUGCCCGUCUUUGACGCCCACAACCUUUCCGUCGGGAGCGACUAUUACAUCCAAUUAGAAGAGAAAAGCGGUAGCAACUUGGAGCUGGACUACCCAGCUGCGCUGCUCACCACGGAAAUGGAUAAUCCAGAAAGGGCCAGUGACACAGCGUCCCAGCUUCUGACCCUCAGGAAUGUGGGAUUGGAGGAGUCCAGUACGGAUGAGGAUUUCUUCCAGAACACUGCAGACCCCAGGGAUGCCAGGGUGCCCGAGGAUGUGCAUGUCACCAAGGGUCCCGAGAGCCCUUUCGACAGUAUAUUUAGUGAUCUUGACAAAUCAGAGGCGUUGCCCGGUCACCGAAAAAUAUUUGACUUGAUGGAACUAAAUGGAGUCCAAGCUGACUUCAAGCCGACCACCUUAAGCUCAAGUUUGGAUGACCCCAGAGAGUCAGUAAUUACGCGCCACUUGGAGAAAGAAAAGACCCGUAAGCUUUUUGACUGUGAGCCUCUUUGCUUAUCAGAAAACCUCGUGCACCAAGAUGGUCUCGAUCAGCUGGAUGUUGAAGAAUUGUCAGAAAACUUUUUAUUUCUUCAAGAGAAGAACUUACUGAAAGACUCCUUGUCCAGCAAAGAACAUAUAAAUGAUCUUCAAACAGAACUUAGAAAUGCUGGUUUUCCUGAAACCAUUUUAGAAAGUCCGAGUAGAAACUCUCUAGAUGCUGAGCUUAAGUUUGCCGAAAAUAAACCGGGCUCUUCUUUGCUGCAGGAAAAUGUCAGCGCGCAGGGCAGAGGCCCGGGCGUGGCGCCCAAGGACGGCGCCUGGGCCGCGGCCUCGCCGCCUUGCCCGCAGGCGCAGGUACCUCCUACCUCGCUCGAAACAGGGGGGCUGCCUCACGAUGUCCCUCCAGGUGUGUCCCUGAAGCAGGGCGGAGCCAAGCCCACGUGUUCGGAUGUCGGUGUCCAUGAAGACGGUGUCUGCCGAGAGGUGGACCCAGACUCCGCGCCUGCCCCGGUGGACACAGCUCCCACCAGCGACAGGUCCCGAGACCUGACUCCCCAGAGGGAGGGGGCCUUGAGACUGACCCAGAGCGACUCAGGCCUUGUCCACAGCACUUUUGCCAGUAAGGUGAGUACAGGGAACAGCCUUCCAGAACUGCGGCAGAACUUGCAAAGUCAACCACUUUUGGAAGACCACUGCGGUCGAGGCCUGCCCGAGAGAGCCUCGGGGGCGGCGGAGGCUCCGAGUCAGCUGGGCUGUGGAGAUGCUGCCCCAGGGGAGCGGGGCUUGCUGUGUGCCCUCUCCUUGGCCUCUGCCAGUCAGGACAGCCUUCUAGAGGACAGCUUGUUGACGCCCAUCCCGACUUCGGAGCAGUCCGUGGAGACCCCAGGCUCCCUGGACUCGGUGGAUGUCGGGGAGGUUUUCCUGGGCUCCUUAGGCCCUCACACGCCACAGAGACUCUUGCCCCCCGAUAAGCCUGCGGACAGUGGCUACGAGACGGAGAACCUGGAGUCCCCCGAGUGGACGCUGCACCCGGCCCCCGACGGCGCCGUAGCCCCCGACGCAGGUUCAGCGGGCGACGGCGUUCGCGGGGGGCCACCUCCCAACCCCAUCAUCGUCGUCUCAGACGCAGCCGAUGGCCACGGGGGUGCAGAGGUCACCUCUCAGACUUCUGCCGCUGGCUGCCAGGGCUCGUACCGCGACUCCGCUUACUUCUCAGACAAUGACUCCGAGCCCGAUAAGAAGCCGGAGGGGGUCCCGGGAGCCUCGGCGGCGGCCUUGGGAGCGGACCGGCCCCUGACUGAGCCAGGCGCCCCAGAGCAGAGUCCCAGCCCCCUGGACGGCUGCCUGGAAACCAGCAGCAGCCAGCCUGGCCAAAGGUGUCCCCCUGCUCCGCGGAACGCCAGUCCCCCGGAAUCAAGAGAAGCGGGAGAACCAGCACCCGCUGGCGCGUCCAGACAGAUGCGCCCCGCCGACAGCAGCGAGGCCGGCAGCCCCUCAAGUCUGUCGCACUCGGAGCUGAGCAGCGGGGAUGACCUCGAGGCCCGGGGGGAGCCCCCCCGCGACAGUUGCAGUGGAAGCACACCGGCUUCCACCGGAACCGACGCCAGCGGACUCCCGGCGUGUGCAGAUGCCCCCCUCCGCCCUGGCGGCCCCGCAGCCCCGAUGGCGGAGAAGGCCUCGCGCGGCCACUCCGAGGGCCCCAAGCUGAAGGAGCCAGACGUCGAAGGGAAGUACCUGGGGAAACUCGGCGUGCCAGGGGUGCUCGAGCUCACCGAGGACGGGAUCGACGCGGAUGAGGAGGACGAAGACAGCUCCGGGUCGGAGGACGAGGACCUGCGGGCCUGCACCCCGCACAGCCUCAGCUCCGGGUCGGAGGACGAGGCGGGGCACCCGGCGCCCGUGGUCCUCAGCCGUGAGGACGGCCGCCACCUGCGCAGCCUGCUGAGGCCCCCGGCCUCUGCGGGCCCGCCGCCCGACCGCUGGAAGAGAGAAAAGAAGGCGGUGACCUUUUUCGAUGACGUCACGGUCUACCUCUUUGACCAGGAGACGCCGACCAAAGAGCUGGGCCACUGCGGAGGAGAGGCCUGUGGGCCGGAGCUGGGCAGCCCCGCACCGCCGUCAGGCUCCCCCUACCCGAGCAGGUGCACGAAUUCCGAAAGUUCCACUGAUGAAGAAGGUGGAGGCUUUGAGUGGGACGACGACUUCUCCCCGGACCCUUUUAUGUCGACGACAGCGAGCCACCUCCUCCGCCCCAGGCCUUCCCUGCAGGCGUCCAAGUACUUCUCCCCGCCGCCACCGCCGCGGGGCACGGAGCCCAGCUGGCCCCCCGCGGCGCCCUACUCCAGGUUCUCCAUCACGCCCGCCAGCAUCGCCAGCUUCUCCCUCACGCACCUCACAGACUCGGACAUGGAGCAGGGAGGAAGCAGCGAAGACGGGGAGAAAGAUUAGGUGAUGCUGAGGCACCUUUGGGCCCAGGCGGCUCCCCGGCGGCGGCGGCGUUCCCGGCUGCCCAGUGGCGCCCACUCGACAGCUGCUGACACGGGACGGGGAGGAGGACUCAGGAGGCCGAGGGAACAGCGCCGCGGGACGCCCGGCCCAGGCGUGUCUCCCAGCUCGCCCAGAGCUACUUGCUGCCCUCGCCGCCCCGCCCGCUGGAAGGGCCCGCGCCCCUGCCGUCCGCGGGGAGCCCGAGCCUGGCCGGCGUGCGGGGCUGUCGCGUCUCCGGGCGGUUUCUGGUUCCCACGUGGGGUGUUCUCCGCGCCCGCGCCUGUGCGUCCCGUCCCUGCGCAGGCCCCCGAGGACCACGACGGGAAUUGGCGCCAGUGAGCCAUAUUUAUUGUUUUUAGAGAGAUCACUAAUUGCUUUCUGUAAUUGCACUGUGGGUAAAUGUCCUGAGAGUCCCUGAUAUUGUACAGAAUCUUAAAUUAUUCAAGGAAAAUAAGGCAGGUCAAGCUGGUGCUAUCCACUAGUUUGAUUUUUUUUUCUUCUGUUUUAUAGUUUGUUUGCAUGGUACUUGUAAAGCUUAAGUAUUUUGAGUGUUAACGCUGUCUUUAGAAAUUGUUGGACUUGUACAUACGGUACUCUUUCGUAAAUGAUAAAUGAUUCUGAAUGUUAGUGUUUUAUGUUCUUAUAGGAAGUAUUUUUGAUGAGUCCAAGAAGACUGCUCUGUUUUGCUGAUUGAAUGAAACACACUUCUGUUUCUUCUCUCUGAGGUGGUUUUUUCGCCUGUUGCAGUUGAGGCUUCUCUGAGGGGCUGACGGGCCUUGCAGCUCCGCUGUGUGACUCUCCCACCCGCCCCUCCCCCAACUUCAAAAAAACCCUUUGGGUAAAAGUCGACAGGUGGUGCCCAGAGCUCAGCUUGCUUGGAACAUCCAGGUCCCCCCGUUGUCCCCAGGGGCCACGAGGCCUCCUCCCAGCUGGGCCCCAAGUCACUUCCCCUCAGAGCCGGCUCUUCUGCUUGGUUUCUAGAAGCGCAGACGGCGGUGGCUUCAGGGCCCUUGUGUGGUCACUCCUUCCUUCAGGAGCACAGAAGCUGCUCCACAGUGGGCCCUGGGGGCCGAGGACGGUUUGAGUUCAUUCUGUCUGUGCCCUUGAGGUGGUGAGCUUCUCAUGGCCCCCAGAGCCAGUCCGGAUCGUGUCCCGUCCGUGCGUGGCCUGGUGUCUGUAACCGAGGUGAUACACUACGUCCCGCAGCCGUGAGGACCACGGAGGAGCCUCCACAGCCAGCACGUCCUCCUGGUCGGGCCCUCGGGCAGCCCGAGUGGCCGUCGCCCCCAGACGCCGCCCCGGGCUCAUCUGCACUGACCCUCCCCUUCUGCGUUAAGCCCCCAGUUCUCCCCUUGCUCUGAAAGGACCGAGUGCGUCCAGUGCAGCCUCGUGAUGUCGGCGGGUGUCGGGUGUUGGUAAUAAAAAGCUGACCUCACUCGGCGGCCCUCGAGUUCUGCUCUCUGCCAGCAGCGUGGCAGCCAGUGCGUACGGGUGGGGCCUUGGGGCUGGGUUCCCCGCACACGGGCCCCUCACCCCAGGGCUGUCCGGUGCUGACAUGCUUUCCCGACUUGAGCGAGAGGCCGGAUGACCCCCCCAGGCCCGCCUGGGGCUGCAGGACGUCGGUCACGGGAACCCGGGGGCCCGGUGCAGGUGU